CUCAAGCCCCCCUCCCCCUGAAUAUCCCCCCUCUCUCUUCUUCUUCUUCUUCCUGUUUCAGUUAAUUUCCUGAGUUGUAAUUUUCUUUCUUAAUCUCUCAAAGGUUACCAUUUCUUUCUUUCUUUCUUUAUUUCCCAUUUUAUGUGUGUAUAUAUUCGAUCACCUUAUUUUAGCCGAAAUAUGAUAUAAUUAUAAUAUAGUAACAUUUAAAGUUGCCAUCUUAGUGGACAGAUAUUUUUGAGAAAACGUGUAGUCACCUUUAACAAAAGAAUGAAGGAGAGUGGUAGAAAACAAGGUGCACUGUCACCAUGCGCAGCUUGCAAGCUUCUUCGCCGGAGAUGUGCCCACGACUGUGUUUUUGCUCCAUAUUUUCCGGCCGAUGAGCCUCAGAAGUUUGCCAGUGUUCACAAGGUAUUUGGAGCAAGUAACGUUAACAAAAUGUUACAGGAUGUAAUGGGUAGUGAAAUUUUGAAGGAAUUACCUGAGCAUCAACGAAGCGAUGCGGUGAGUUCAAUGGUGUAUGAAGCAAAUGCUAGGGUACGUGACCCAGUAUAUGGGUGUGUUGGGGCAAUAUCAUCUUUGCAGCAGCAGAUUGAUUCUCUGCAAACCCAAUUGGCAAUUGCACAAGCUGAGGUUGUUCACAUGAGAAUGAAACAAUAUGGUUCGUCUUCAAAUCCAGGCACCAUGGACUUGGUGAUUGAUCAGGCCAACGCUGGGGAGUCAAUGUGGUCAUGCUAGCUUGCCAUCCCUUUUCCCUAUAUACAUACUAAUUAACUAUAAUGGGCUUGCUUUAUUGUCUCCCUCUUUCAUAUACCCUUUUGCUUUUUUCUUUUCUUUUCUUUUUUUUUUCCCCCUUUUGAGCACAUCUCUACUUGACCAAGAGAUGAUGAUAUUGGUGAUGAUCAUUAACCAUAUUGUCUAUAUUUCUACAUAUAUAAUUAUGAGUUAUGAUAUGUUAGAAGUUGACUCUUUUUCUCAACAA